UAUACUGGGAUAUGAAGUUUGCGACGUUCUUAGUACUGUUGGGCCUUGGAGUCAGCCAGGCCUUUUUUUUCAACUGGCAGAAAAGGAUAAGGCGUCUGCCGAUUCCAGAUGAUGCUGGUGAACCGCUUAUCUUGACUCCUUACCUAAGUCAAAAUAGAAACGAAGAAGCUAGAAAAGCUGCGGAAGUUAAUUACGAUGCAUUCCAAGGUGUCAAGAGUUACUCCGGAUAUUUUACAGUAGAUGAAAGAUUCGACUCGAAUCUAUUUUUCUGGUUCUUCCCUUCUGCUAACGAUUACGAAAAUGAUCCCGUCCUGCUAUGGUUGCAAGGUGGUCCUGGAGCUCCGAGUUUGUAUGCGCUUUUCACAGAAAAUGGCCCCUUCUUUCUCGACGAUGACACCCUUAAGCUAAGGGAAUAUUCAUGGCACAAAAACCACUCUGUUUUAUAUAUAGAUAGUCCAGUAGGCACCGGUUUUAGCUUUACCAACGGAGGUCUGGCUGACAAUCAAACAAAGGUCGGAGAGGAUCUUUACCAAGCUCUUGUUCAGUUCUUUACGCUGUUCCCAGAAAUUCAAAAGAACGACUUCUUUGUAACAGGCGAAUCCUAUGCUGGUAAAUACAUACCAGCUAUUGGGUACACCAUCUAUAAAAAUAACCCUACAGCCGACGUUUUUAUUAAUCUGAAAGGUUUGCUAAUUGGUAACGGGCUCUCAGAUCCCAUCAAUCAGCUGGACUACGGCGACUACGUCUACCAAAUUGGACUUGUCGACAGCGACACUAGGGACUUGCUCAAUGACAUGAAACAACAAACGAUUAGUUUAAUAAAUAAAGGCGACUACGAAGGUGCUACAGAGAUCAUGAAUGGUGAUAUGAUGUGGGUAAUUAUGGGUUCGUCAGGUAUCACAGAUAUCUACAACUAUGAAAAUCUAGCCAUUGAAUAUCUGGAUGAGUGGCAGGACUACGUUCAGGCGAAUCUCCGUUCGGCAAUUCAUGUGGGAAACGUGGUUAUCGGUAGCGGGGACGUGUGGGGUCAUUUGGAGGCAGAUAUUACUAAAAGUGUUGCACCUUGGGUUUCGGAACUGCUGAGCAACUAUCGUGUCUUAAUUUACAACGGCCAGCUAGACAUCAUUGUGGCUUAUCCGCUUACUGUUAACUAUCUGAGAAACCUUAACUUUAGCGCUGCAGCGGAAUAUAAAGCCGCUUAUAGAUCAUUGUGGGUAGUUGACGACGAUGUAGCGGGAUAUGCGAAAGUUGCUGGAAACUUGACCGAGGUACUUGUAAGAAAUGCUGGCCACAUGGUGCCAAUGGAUCAACCCAAAUGGGGAUAUGAUUUGGUUUAUAAGUUCGCUCGAAACUUGACUAUAGGAUUUUUGUAA